AGGCGUUGAGUGGCACGUGCCAAAGCGUGCGCUGCAGCCGCUCUUCCAAAAUUGGGGCACGGACGGCCGUGCGUUCCCGUCGGGAAUCAACAAAAUUCGUCUCAAUGUAUACAUCUUGAACAAGUUCAUCUUGAGUUCAAAAGAGUAUACAGUAUGUCUAAUACUACUGGAGCACCUGCUGCGGAUGCCGCUCAAACAGGCGGGGUCGCCCAGGCUAAUGCUGCUGAUGCGGCCCCUGAGGAAGGCGCCCUUGUAGCUAGAGAUGGAGGCAAACAAUCAGAAAUUGAACAGAGGAUCUCUAUGAUGCUCGACAACAUCCCAUUUAAGGAUGAAGGUAAAAGGAAAGAAUACUUGGCGGCUGUGAAGACAUACGAAGAAAACAUUGGAGGUCAACUUCUCAGAGCCAAAAUGUACCUUCAAACAAAGCCAGGCGACAAUGAUGGCGACGACGACGACGACAAAGGGCGCAAAGGAAAACGCGUUACGCGAAGCAAAAGCAGGGAGCGAGGGAAUCGCCGUGGGAGACGUGAUUCUGACGGAGAGGUGAGGAGGGAUUCCUUCAGAGAUUUCAUGGACACGAGAGGAUCACCGACUCAGGUCAGGCGGCCUGAUGACUUCUUUUAUGACGACACUGACGAAGGCGGGCACGGACGAUGUAACCCAGCCGCUGAAGACCUCUACCGCGCUGGUCUGGACAAGCCAAAAGACCCAAGGGCAUCUCCCGACUCUGGUUACGACGAAAUGGAGCGAUUGAUGACGCACGUUCGUGGCUUCGGCGUGGACAGAAACUCAGACAGAAUGUACCGUGAAGAUAUGGAGGAUGACAAGGGUCGAUACGCUCCCACACGUAGUCGUCCAAUGGGGGAGUUGCCAGCCGGUCGCCCCCUUUCACCGAGCAGGUGUUCUCGUGCCAUCAUGGAAGGCGCACAUCAAGCAGAAGAUAGAGGCGAAACUCCAGCCGUAGUUGGAAUGCCGUCUUUAACAUACAUACCAAUGGCAUUUCCGCAGUUUGUGUCUCCAUUCAUGGCACCACCACAGAUUCCGGCUUCACAGGUUUCCAACACACAGUUGUCCGUCCACAUAAUGCCACCACAGCAAAUGGCUCCACAAAUGGCACCAUUUGGGACUGCGCAAAUGCCUCAGCAAAUGCCUCAGCAAAUGCCUCAGCAAAUGCCCCAGCAAAUGCCCCAGCAGAUGCCCCAGCAGAUGCCUCAGCAGAUGCCUCAGCAGAUGCCUCAGCAGAUGCCCCAGCAGAUGCCCCAACAGAUGCCCCAGCAGAUGCCCCAGCAGAUGCCCCAACAGAUGCCCCAACAGAUGCCCCAACAGAUGCCCCAGCAGAUGCCCCAGCAAGUGCCCCAGCAAGUGUCCCAGCAGAUGCCCCAGCAGAUGCCCCAGCAAGUGCCACAACAGAUGCCUCAGCACGUUCCACAGCAGUUUUCUCAACAGACGACAGGACAGCUGUCUCCACAGAUGGGCCAACAGACGUCUAUGCAAGCGCCUUUCGCAGCAAACCGGCUUUCGCAGCAACCCGGGCAGGCAACUGUCUCGGCAGGUGCGCAAAUGGUCCCACAGCUAUCAGUUCAAUUAUCACCUUUGCCUCCAGCUGGACACCAAGUGUCACUCACAGUAAUGCCCUAUAACGGCAGAAGUCCUACGUCGGGAUUACCAUGUAUUUCAGCUGGUUCUAACAGACAAAACACUGUCCCGCAGCAGAGUCAAACAAGAAUGCAAAGUUUCGACAGGAGACAACAAGUGCACACACAAGAAGUGUCAAAGCAAACACACAUGUUACGAAAACUGGGAAUUUAUGAGGGCGAUGAAAAUCGGAGAGACCUGCAAAUGACAUCUUCUCUUGAGGCGAGCUCAGACAGGGAACCUGCUACGGUUUCGGCUAUGAAACGUCAACCAACACCCCCUCAACGAGAAAACACUGGUCUCCUUAACAGAGCGGAGCGGGUUAUCCAACGGAUCAGACAACAACUCACUGGAUUAGAUCGCAAGGGAGAAUCUUCUGUAAAGACUGAAGAUUUUAGUGUGCUGCAAGAACCACCGUUGCUGCAAUCUGUGCCUUCAAGAAAAGCGUCAACGAAAUCCAGGGAAAUCGUAAAACAAAAGAAAAAAGAGGAUACUGGUGAGGAAUCUGCGAUCGAAGAUACAAAGGAAGAGGAGGAUAAGGAGGAAAGUAGUGAGAAAAAGAAAGGAAAGUAUAAGAAAAAGUCAGCAAAGGAAGACGAUGACUCCAAAACAUCGGGUUCAAAGAAGAAACGUGGAAAGAAGAGCAAGAAAGCAGAAAGCUCUGACGACGAUGAUGAAGAGGAAACACAUUCGAAGAAGAAAAGCAAAGGAAGGAAACACCAAAAAGGUUAUGAAGACGAUGAUGAAAGUGAAGGAGAGGAUGAGGGAAUCGCUCCCAAGAGAAAAAGUUCCAGGCGUAGGAAAUCGGAAAGAUCGGAAAGUUCCUGUUGUCGUAAGAAGAGCAGUAGAUAUGUAGAAACAGGUGAGAUAGAACGAUCGAGGGAAAGGAGGAGGUCAGAACGUGAGCUAGAGGACGACGACAUGGGCAGGGGAAGAGAUCACGAAUACGGGGAAAGGCGGAGACGAGGGGAGCGGGAUCGUGAAAGUGAGGAAAGGUGGAGAAGAGGAGAUCGUGAGUAUGAACGUGAGCACGGCCGCGAACGAGACCGAGCAGAACGGGAGAAGUUGGAGAGAACCAUCACACAAAUGAAGGAGAAGGAGAGGGACGAAAUGCUAAAACAAAUAGAUGAGAAAAUGGACCGGAUAUGGAACAGCGAAAAAGAAAGAUCAAAGCGGAACUUGGCAGAGGUGGGUCACGUUACAGUCAAGAUAUCUCAAAGCCGUGAAAAUCUGGGUCGCCCGCACUCAACUCCGCCGUAUCAGAUUCCUCCACAAGCACCAGCGUACCCGCAGCAACUAGUUCCUCCUUACGAUACGCAACCGCGUUCAUCAGCUUUUGGGCUGCAACCGCAGUUGUCCUGUAACCAAUUUCAACCACAGAUAUCCCCAGCUCCCCAGCAAACAUACAUGCAACCUCAUGCAGCAAGUCAACCAGGGAUACACCCUCUAUUGCAGCUUCAGACUGUGAAUGAUGCUGGCUUUCCGUAUGUUACCCAAGCGGGAGCCCUGGGACCGCCUGCCACAAAUGUAACUGCCGUAGCCUCUACCCAGUUAUUAGUACCUUUUCCACUGGAAAAACCGAUGUCAAAAGCAGAAAAGCUGAAGAAACUCGCUACGGAAUGGUGGAGUCGUAAGACAGAGGAUCGUGGGAAACGCCCGUUAACACGUAUUCGAAGCCAGACUGCAGCGUUGCCUGCUAAGUCCCGUGAGCGUGCUUGGCGUAGACCAAGACGGAAGUCAAUGCCUCGUUCUCGUCGUACUCGUCGAAGCCUAGACGAUGGGGAUGACGAAUAUUCUGAGGAAGAUCACCACCUAGACGCGACAGAGGAAUGCGACGAAGACGAGGAUGACUAUAUGAACGAAAAACUUUCGCCUCGUUAUAUACCAUUAGAGAGAGAAAGCCAACGUCGUAGGCGUCCGUCUCGAUCCAGGGCGGACGACAGCUAUGAUGACGACCGACAGGAAAGGCGAAGACGUUCUUCGUACUCGAGGGCAGAUAAUGGGUACGAGGAUGAUAGACCAGAACGUCGAAUGCGUCACUCUCGUUCUAGGCUAGAAGAUGACUACGAGGAUGAUAGACCAGAACGUCGAAUGCGUCACUCGCGUUCUAGGGUAGAUGAUGACUACGAUGAUGACAGAGCAGCUCGCCGGAGAAGAGGCGAUUACAACGGUCUCGACGAAAGACGUAGGUCUCAAUCACCAGACUAUGAUAUCGACUAUUCGAGACGCUCACGUUAUAGCGAAUACGACGACUACGAAGAAUUGCAUCGGCGAUCGCGUCCAAAUUGUUUUGAACCUGAACGACGGAGGUCCUACCCAAGAGAUACAGACUACCCUGUCCCUGACCCUCGACGUCAUACAAGGCCAUCUAGUAAGGAUCUUCACGAGAUGCGAUCAUUUACCAAGCCUCCCGUUUAUAAGGUAAAUGUACAGUAUUCCCAUACCCAAUUGCACGGUAAAGACAACGAUAAGAGACCACGUUCUCCUGAGCGGGAGGCAAAGGAGAAAGGGCCAUCUGAGCAUGAAUUUAAAGAGAUUUCACAUGACGUGAAGGUGGAAGUGUCUCAGAGUGACUUACUGACGCACGACAAAGGUAGGUGCAGUACCUCACCUGAUCGGCAGACAGACCAGCGACAUCUCUCCAGACCUAAUUGUAAUGGUAGUCCACAUCCAAAUGGCGAGGCUCCCAAUAACGUCUCGUAUCGUCGUGACGGCAAUCGACCGGAUUCUCGAGCAGCUGAUUGUGAGGUGAACGUGAAAUUAUCGCACACUACAGUAUUUGAACAAGAGAGGAACAGGUCACCUUCGCCUGACAGGGGUAGGACGAAUGUUUCACCUGAUAAGACUCCUCCUCCUGAUCGUCAAACAGAGGGGCGGCGCACUUCCCAGCAGUAUUAUAACGACAAUUUCAUUCGAAACGGCGAGGCCUUGAGCAGGCCGCCUUACAUGGAGGAUUACCGCAUGCCAGUGCCGAGAGUGUCAAGUCCAAAUUACUAUGACAUGCGACCGCCUUCCAGGGGAGCAGAUCUCGGAAGGGACAGGAGGGUUUCCUCGCCAGAACGAGAGAUGGGAUCAAGGCCUCCUUAUCAGCCGUACAACCUUUGCCCACCAUGGUACGGGGACAGAGCCUACCCCGCAGAGCAUAGAAUGUCGCCACCAAGAGGAUCUCAAGUCGCUUUUGAUAGCUUUUACAUGGCGCCUGAUUAUGAAAUGGGCAUGAGAAUGUCUCGCACCCAACUACCAGACACAGAGCGGAAUUUUUAUCUACCAGAACGACAUUUAGAACGACGCCGGCCGUCGCAACCACUGUACUAUGCCGGUCCUCCACCUCUGCGGAAGACAGAAACAAGAGAAAAAAUCAUUAUCGUUAAUUCAAGCCCCCCAAAGAUUCCGCAGCCUGUUCUUAUUCCCACUACUUCCCAGCAGCAGCAGGCAGCGGCUGUACCGAAGAUACACGUCAGCAGGUAUUCGCAUGUCGGCGAAAAUGGAGGUUCGAAAUCGCCUGAACGAAUCUCCAUUGACAGAGCUUUGAGCCCUCCAGUUGCAAAAAUACUAUACUCCAUCGCGCAGCGCGACAACAAGAACGCCAAAUCGUAUCCUGCAGCCGUGCGUGCGUCUUGGUCAAUUGAACAAAUGAACGAUCGACAGCAAAACGAGCAAGGAUUUGCGGCAGAAAACGGCAAGGGAGGCACCAUGAACUUCACUAUUGAGGCAGGCAAAGCUACACCGGUGAAGGUCAGGAAACUAAAAUCCAAAACGUACAAGGAAGAAGGAGCUGGUCCCGAUGAUCAAGUGAUAAAGAUCUACGAAGUGGCAAAAGCUCAAUCACCUCCGGCUCAACUGAUUAGGGUGGCCAGUAAGACUAGAAUAAUUAGGAAAACGGAAGAAAUUGUCCCACGAUACGACGUACCAUAUGAUGAGUUUGGAUACGUCUCUCCGCCUUCGCCAGCGUCUCCGUCGUUCUUCGGACGAAGCAAUGGUGUUGAAAGUCAGAAACGUUAGCAAUGCUGUUAUAAUUGCCUAAGUGAAGCAAUGGAAUCGGAGGAUCGUACCCAGGACGAGAGAACUACAAGCGAAAAAACACCAGUUGCAAUGGCCGUAAUAGGUAAACAAAAUGCAAUAAAGUGAUUAAUAACUGCUC